GCCGAAACAGCAGAAGUUGCUGCAAUUAGAUGAUCGGCAACCACAUUGUAAACUCUACUCGUGCAGGUUCUCUUUUUCAUGGUGGUAACCAAAAGAAGAAAUAUGGAGGGAACAAUCGCAAUUAUUAAAGGAAUGUCAACAAACUGCAUGCUGACUUCCAUGUUCAUCUUGUACAUACCAGUACUGUUGUGUUCCUUUCAUGUUUAUUGCGCUGAUAGAAUUUCUUUGAGGUAUGGCGAGUUGAUUAGAGACAAUGAAACUCUGGUUUCGCCAGGGGGAGAGUUUGAAUUCGGAUUCUUUAGUCCUAGUGGAAGCUCUGGCUACAAAAGAUAUGUUGGGAUAUGGUACAAGUGGGAUAAGCGAACAGUUGUAUGGGUUGCAAAUCGAGAUGACCCGCUUGUCAAUUCCAAUGGAACUUUCGGAAUUGGAACAAAUGGCACGCUCCAGGUAUUGGAUACGAGUAGUAGGAAGGUUCAUUGGUAUUGGAAAGAUGAUUAUUGGUGUGAUUCGUGUACAAAUGCAAACAUGACUGUGAAUCUCAAGGAAUCUGGAAACCUGGUGCUUUACUAUAACGAGACAAGGCUGUGGGAGAGCUUUGAAAACCCAACGGAUACAUUUCUUCCACGCAUGUCGAUGAUGUCUUCAACCAUGAUUUUGACUUCAUGGAGAGAUCGUGAUGACCCUGGAAUUGGGAACUACACGAUUAAGAAAGAUCCAUUAGACGUAGGAGAUCUGAACACACUAAUCAUCUACCAAGGGAAUACGAUUUACUGGAAAAGCAUGAAGGAUGAUCGAUUGUCUACUAUUUCAGAUUAUUUCUCCAUGAACCCGUCAGGUUGUAAAAGAAGGUCUGAUUAUGAUAAAUCAUGUAUUGAUUACAAUGUAAGGUUGGUGAUGAAUUUUAGCGGGAUGAUAGAGGUUUGGAAGGAGAAGAACAGGACUUGGUCCUUGAUACAGGCAGAGCCGAGAAACAUUUGUGGUGUUUAUAAAUUUUGUGGAAAAUUUGGUAGCUGUAAUCCAAAUAAUAAAUUGCCAUGCAAAUGUUUGCCAGGGUUUAUGCCCGAUGUCCCUGAGAAGUGGCAUUCUGGAGAUUUCACAAAUGGGUGCUCCGAAAAUAACAAGGCCUGUGGGGACAGAAACACCUUCUUGAGCUUAAAGAUGAUGAUACGAGAGGAUAAACCACAAGAAAGUUAUAUGGUCAAUGAUGAAAACGAAUGCAAGGAGACGUGCCUUAAAAACUGCGAAUGUAAGUCUUAUUCAUAUGAUGAACAAGACUCAUGCCAGAUUUGGACGCAGGAUCUACUUAAUCUUCAAGAGGAGCAUCCCUAUGGUCAAAACCUUUCCGUCCGAGUAGCAAUUUCCGACAUAGAACCAACUGUACGAAAUUGCGUGCCUUGUGGCACAAACAUGAUCCCCUAUCCUCUUAGCACUAGCUCAAAUUGUGGCGAUCCUAUGUACUACAGUUUCGACUGCAACACUACCACAGGUCAGGUUAGCUUCAAGGCACCAAAUGGGACAUAUCGAGUCAGUGGUAUCGAUCCAAAUACGCAGAAGUUUUUUAUCCAAGUCAAGGAUGGACGAAGUCUACGGCUAAACCAGUCGUUGCCAUUCAAUUUAACUGGUCCAAGAAACUCUAGUUCUAAUGUUUCAUCUAAUAUUACAAAUGAUGCUGAGAUUGCUUGGGACCCACCACUGGAGCCAAUCUGUAAUUUAACUGCAGAUUGCUUGGAUUGGCAACAUUCAUCUUGCAAAUCAGCAAGUGAUGGGAAGAGGAGGUGCCUUUGCACCGUAAGCUUUCGAUGGGAUGGCACAAACUUAAGUUGUACAAAAGUUUCUUGGCCAUUAGAGAAAAGAAUAAUAUUGCUUCUGAUUGUUGGAAUAACUAGUGUGAUUGUUCUCUGCGUCAUUAUUGUUAUGUACAUAUGGCGAAGAAAGAUGACCAAGAGAAAAGAACAUAGGCUUAUUGAUCAAAGAAAUCGAGCACAUCGCAUGUUAUGCAGUGAAAGCCAUGUCCAAGACUUGAUAGACUUAGGUGAGUUCAAAGAAGAAGAUAAGAAAGGCAUAGAUUUACCAUUUUAUGAUUUGGAAAGCAUACGAGUUGCUACACAUAACUUCUCAAUUGAAAACAAGCUGGGACAAGGAGGCUAUGGACCUGUGUAUAAGGGCAAGCUUCCAAGUGGUCAAGAAAUUGCAGUAAAGAGACUUUCAAAAGUCUCGGGUCAAGGUUUAAAAGAAUUUAAGAAUGAGGUGAUAUUGAUUGCAAAACUCCAGCAUCGGAACCUUGUCAAGCUCUAUGGAUAUUGCAUAGAAGGGAAUGAAAAAAUUUUACUUUAUGAGUACAUGCCUAACAAAAGUUUAGACUUCUUCAUAUUUGAUCAAAAGCAAAGUGUAAUUUUGGAUUGGGAGAUGCGUUUCAAUAUCAUUUUGGGAAUUGCUCGAGGGCUUCUUUAUCUUCACCAAGACUCUAGAUUAAGGGUCAUUCAUAGAGAUUUGAAAACUAGCAAUAUUCUUCUAGAUCAUGAAAUGAACCCCAAAAUAUCAGACUUUGGAUUGGCGAAGAUUGUUGGCGGCAAACAAACUGAAGCAAUCACAAGCAAAGUAGCUGGAACUUAUGGCUAUAUGUCUCCGGAAUACGCAUUAGAAGGAAUCUUCUCAAUCAAAUCCGAUGUUUUUAGUUUUGGUGUAGUUCUACUUGAGAUUAUAAGUGGAAAGAAGAACACAAGUUUUUAUCAAUCACAACAAGCAAUGAGACUUCUAGGUUAUACAUGGGGACUGUGGACCAACAACAAAUUGUUGGAUUUAAUGGACGAGACCCUACGAGAUACUUGCAUUGCAGAUCAGUUUGUAAAGUGCCUAAAUAUUGGUCUCCUAUGUGUACAAGAUGACCCAAGUGAUCGCCCAACCAUGUCAAUUGUUAUCAAGAUGCUUGAUGGUGAAACUUUGAACCUUCCAACUCCUAAACAACCAGCCUUCUUCAUAAGGAGAGACCAAUCCAACUCAACUUCUUCUACUAGACCAGAAUCAAUUAAUGAAGUAACGAAUAGUCUAGAAGGACGAUGAUGCAUGGUGAAGGUUCACGAGUCUUGCUGUUCUUUUAUGAUUACCCUUGUAAAGUUAAUCGUGCAUCCACAAGGAGAUAAUGUAAAUAUGUGUCCGUAAUUAUAUUCCUUUGCUGCUGGAUGCUUCUUUCAGGUAACUGUAAAUCAUUUCCCGUGUUUGUUGCACUGGAGUUUUGAAAAAUAAUGGAUAAGAUUUGAGGUGUUUUAUAUUGCGCUUGGACUUGCUAUUUUAAAGAACUUUUUGUAUG